AUGAAGGUAUCCUCCCUCCUCUUCAGCGCUUCUGUGGCGUCCGCGCAUACCAUCUUCGUCCAACUGGAAGCCGGUGGCACGACGAAUCCUGUCAGCUAUGGCAUAAGAACACCAACUUAUGAUGGACCUAUCCAAGAUGUUACCUCAAACAGUCUGGCAUGCAACGGGCCUCCCAACGAUCCGGCGUCGGCCAGCAACGUCAUCACCGUCCAAGCUGGAUCCACUGUCAACGCCAUCUGGAGACAUACCUUGACCUCUGGGUCCGAUGAUGUGAUGGAUUCCUCCCACUUGGGACCUACGCUGGCCUAUUUGAAGAAGGUCGACAACGCCCUGACGGACACGGGCGUCGGUAGUGGAUGGUUCAAGAUCCAGCAAGAUGGCUAUAAUGCAGGUGCCUGGGGUACCUCAAAAGUCAUCAACAACGGCGGAAUUCAUGCAAUCUCUAUCCCGUCCUGUAUUGCUCCAGGCCAGUACCUGCUGCGGGCUGAAAUGAUUGCUCUUCAUGCUGCGUCCUCAUCCGGUGGGGCCCAACUCUACAUGGAAUGCGCUCAGAUCAAUGUUGUUGGAGGCACAGGAGCAUCCACGCCAGCGACCUACAGCAUCCCCGGUAUUUACAAGGCCACUGACCCUGGACUGUUGAUUAACAUCUACAGCAUGACCUCUUCAUCCACCUACACGAUCCCAGGCCCGGACCCCUUCACCUGUGGCGCCUCUGGAAGUAGCCCCCAGCCAACUACCACAGCAAAGCCAGCCACCUCCACGACACUCGCCACGUCUACCAAGACAUCCUCGGCUCCUGCAACGAGCAGCAGUGCCUCAUCCGGUGGCGCAUGUGUUGCGAAGUACGGGCAGUGCGGUGGAACGGGCUGGACGGGCGCGACCUGCUGUGUAGCGGGAAGCACUUGCUCUGCUACAAACCAGUACUAUUCCCAGUGUGUCUGA